CCUCUGUCAGAUGGGCAGAGGAUGCGAAAUCCUCUCCUAAGACAGGAAAAUUCUCAAACCUUCUCCAGUUGUUUCCGCAGGCAGGUGACGCAUCAGCUGCAUAGUUAACGGCACUGGUUAGAAAGUAGGCAAUCAGCUAGGACCAUCUCCCAUUUUUUUCUGAAACUUGGCUUUUGAGCAGAGGGGCCCAAACCGGGAGAAGUAGAAUGGGGGCUGGAGCGAGCGCUGAGGAGAAACACUCCAGAGGGCUGGAGAAGAAGCUGAAGGAGGAUGCCGAAAGGGAUGCAAGAACUGUCAAGCUGCUGCUGCUAGGCGCUGGAGAAUCUGGCAAAAGCACUAUCGUCAAACAGAUGAAAAUUAUUCACCAAGAUGGCUACUCACUUGAAGAAUCCAUGGAGUUCAUUGUCAUCAUCUACAGCAACACCCUGCAGUCCAUCAUGGCCAUUGUGAAGGCCAUGACCACAUUAAAUAUGAACUAUGGCCACGCUGAUCAGCAGGAUGAUGCCAGGAAACUCAUGCAUCUUGCAGACACCAUUGAGGAAGGAACCAUGCCUAAAGAGAUGUCAGACAUCAUUUUGCGCCUAUGGAAAGACUCUGGCAUUCAGGCGUGCUUUGAAAGGGCUUCAGAGUACCAACUCAAUGAUUCAGCUGGAUACUACCUGAAUGACUUGGAGCGGCUGAUCCAACCAGGCUAUGUGCCCACUGAGCAGGAUGUGCUGCGAUCAAGAGUGAAGACGACUGGCAUCAUCGAGACUACAUUUGGUUUGAAAGAUCUCAAUUUCAGAAUGUUUGAUGUGGGUGGCCAGAGGUCAGAGAGGAAGAAGUGGAUUCAUUGUUUUGAAGGUGUGACCUGUAUCAUCUUCAUUGCUGCUUUGAGCGCCUACGACAUGGUGCUGGUGGAGGAUGAUGAAGUGAAUCGAAUGCACGAAAGUCUGCACUUGUUCAACAGUAUCUGCAACCACCGCUACUUUGCCACCACCUCCAUUGUACUCUUCCUCAACAAGAAAGAUGUGUUCACUGAGAAGAUCAAGAAAGCUCAUCUCAGCAUGUGCUUCCCUGAAUAUGAUGGUCCCAAUACUUAUGAGGAUGCUGGUAACUACAUCAAAUUGCAGUUCUUAGACCUGAACCUGCGCCGAGACGUCAAAGAAAUCUACUCUCACAUGACCUGCGCCACAGACACAGAGAACGUGAAGUUUGUGUUUGACGCUGUAACCGACAUCAUAAUCAAAGAAAACCUGAAAGAUUGUGGUCUCUUUUAAAAAUCAUGCUGAGAAACCCAAUGAAGGGUGAUGUUGUAGCCCUGUCACAUUCCACAAAUCCUCUCUCAAUUCAAACUGAGGACUGAGGAUGAAAACUGAACCCCUCACUAUCCUCAAAAUUGGCGAAUGCAAAAAAAUAAAAAAUGUAUUUGUUGUCUUCAAAUGAAGUUGUAGCUUUGACAAGACUUCGGGCCAAGUCCAGAAGACAGCUCUUCAGUCAGAAAAUACUGUGCAGAUUUCAGAUGAGUUGAAUUUUAGUCUAGGUACCUUUUCUCUUGAAAUCAUCUCUUGGAGAGCUAUGCACCAGUAACUCUUUAUCAGUGCAUGUAACUUUUUGAAAUAGUUAAAAUGACCAGUUUAGUUAAGUCCACAAUUAAACAAUUUUCUAUUCGAAAGUUCAUGAAGGGUGGUGAUACCAUGUGGAUCUGUAACACUGUUAAGUGAUAGAUGUAAUAUACUUCAAUAAAAAUAAAUUUAAAAAAAUACUUGUGUUUGUUUAACAAUGUGUAAAGUUUAACUAUCUACAGGCCUGUGAGCCAACUAUCCUGUACAGAAACCAAUAAUUGUAAACCUUGACUAAACCUAUUAAAGCUUAUAGAAAACAGAGUACUUUCCCACUUUCACAAAUAAAAAAAUAACACAGCAA